CUCCCUCCCUUCCCAUUCUUAGCUGCGCGCAGAUGAGCAGUUAGCUGGAGCAGCAGGCUGCUAUAUUGUCAGAGCCUGAAGCAGACACAGUCUAUCUAUUAGAGCACGCAGGAGGUGGAGGAGAAUAAACAUUCGGCUGCAGCGUUAGAAUGCCAGCCCCAUGCACCAGUCUGGCAGCGCAGCAGAGGGAGUGGAGGCAGGCUGGCAGGGCUGCAGCACUGGGGCUGUCCAACAUAACAGAGGAGGGCAAUGAGAAGAUGGAUGGCAUGGCCAGGAAACAGAGAGGGGCCGUGUCCAAUGUGAUGUCCAAACCAGAGCACAAACGAACAGCCUGUGCCCCAUCUGUGACCACAUCAGCACAGAUCAGUAACCACAGAAGACAUGGAAACACCACAGAGUCACAAGCAAUAAAAGUGGACGAGAGACUGCGACUGGCCCGCGAGCGAAGAGAGGAGCAUCUCAAACAGCUCGCGUCCCGGGAGCGAGGCUGGCUGGCCCGCGAGGAGAGGGCAAGGAGGUACUAUGAGAAGCACCUCGAAGAGCGUCGGAGGAAGCUGGAGGAGCAGAGGCAGAAAGAGGAGAGGAGGAGGAUGGCGGUGGAGGAGAAACGCAGGCAGAGGCUCAAAGAGGAGCGAGAGCGGUAUGAAUCAGUGGUGCGAAGAACUAUUGAGAAGAGUCAGAAAGCCAAACAGAGGGCAGGCCACUCUCAGAGAGGAGGGAGUAAUGCCAGGAGCAGCACAAAUGUGUCUGUGCUUUGGUCCUCUCCAGCUAAACGCCGCUGUCUUAGUCAGUGGGAGAUAGACCUGGUUAGCCGCCUUCAGACCCCCACAAUCUCUUAUCUAGCCAGAAGCAGGAGCACUGUAUGUCUAUCACGAGGAGAAGUUGUUCAUGUUUGUCGACGUUCAGCCUCAUGCCACUCUGUGAGCUCCAGCGGUCCACAGAAAGUGCAGCAGAGCUGUGGAACGGUGCCACAGAGGAGAGUCACCAGACCUGAAAUGAAGAACAACAUCCACAGAGCCUACAACAAGGAGCCGAGGUCAGCUGGUGAUCUGGAGAAAAGAGAACGGAAGAAGCCACAGUCUAACACAUUAGCUGCUAGAGUGACGUUCACAUUAAGCACAGGCUCGAUCCUUCAGGACAAAACAAAAUCCUCAUCAGUAGGGCCUUCAGUGAGACUUCCUCCGAGACAAGUGUCUCCCAGACAGGAGAGUUUGCCCCCCCUUGCUGAGGAGGAUCCAGAGUCAGAGUAUGUGCCGUCCUCCAAUCAGCCUCAAGCUGACCAAUUUUUGCCAGAAGACGCUGGCCAAAACAGUCCAUUCCUGCCAAGCUCCGCCUCUCCACAGCCUCUGGGCCUUCCAGCCUGUCCUCAGACGUCCAGUGUGCCAAGCCUGAUCAGUGCUGGAGGCCAGGGCAGACCCUCAGCAGGAACCACAGACCCUGAAGAGGCAUCACGCCUGCUGGCGGAGAAGAGGAGACAGGCCCGCCUGCAGAGGGAGAGAGAGGAAGAGCAACGCAAGCAGAGAGAGGAAACGGAGAGGCGAGGGAGAGAAGAGCUGGCCCGUCGGAGAGCAGAGGAGCGAGACAGGCAGGAGGCUGAGGCCCAAAGACUUCAGGAGGAGAGGAAGCAGAGGGAGGAGGAAGAACAAAGGAAGGCAGAAGAGGAGAAAGCUCAAAGACAGAUAGAAGAGGAACAAAGACUUCAGCAACAGAGAGAAGAGGAGGAGGCUCGUCAGAGGCUCCUGGAAGAGCAGCAGAGGCUGGAGAGAGAGCAGCGAUUCCAGAGAGAAGAGACUGAGCGGCAGGAGAGGAAGAAGCGACUAGAAGAAAUUAUGAAAAGGACAAGGAAAACAGACGCUGCUGAGAAGAAACCAGCUUCACCCAGUAUCAUAAUGAAAGACAGCCUGCCAAAUGAGAACAUGAAGCCCAUUCACAGUCUGCCAUUAGAAGAAGUUAUCAAGCUGCCUGGUCCAGUGAAGGCCUCUAAGAUGACUUUAGGCAAUGAGGAGGACAUCCUUCCUGCAGUGGCCUUCAAAGAGCGCAGGUCUCUCCGCACACUUACAGGCCUGGAAGAGAUCCAAGCUCAUCAGCGAGCAGAAGUCAUCUAAAGAUAAAGAUAAAAGAUCACAAGAUCUGCAAGGAACCUGCAAGCCUGUACUUUCUUUAUGGAAGAACACAGAUGCAGAAUAGCUUCACCUGCACUUUAAGGAAUCCUCUACGACCCAUUUCACACAUAUGAAGUAAGACAGAAGUGUCUGGCCCCCGAGGCUGUGCUGCCUCGGUAUGUUUUGAGGCCGUGCCGCAUGUUCAGUUCAUGCUCUGUGGGAAUGUGGUAAGGCACAUUUCAAACUAAUGGCUUCACAAUGUUUUACAGUGCAAUGACCUUCACCUAAAGCCUGAAUAUGCCAUAGGUGUAGAUUUACCAUGUGAUGUUUGAGGUGUCGUGUUCAGAAAUGGUAACUGUUUUAUUUAUAAUCAAUAUAGGACUUAAUGAACAGACGUGUUACUCACAAAACAAUCACGAGACAUUUUUCCAAUAUCAGUAUUAAAAGGGAAUUUUAUUGAUUUUUCAAAAGUUCUACGUGAUUUAGUGGUUGAGAGGUAAACAAAGUCAUUCAGAGAUGCUCGAUGUGAAGUGGUUCACUGUAGAGAAACUAACCAACCAGGGGUCACAGUGUCUACAACACAAAUAUAGUCAUUUUAUUUGUUGUCCAAAAAUGAUCAGACGACUUACAAGUGUCCUCUGAGUUUUUGUAUGUAAAAAAUAUGGUAAAAUAGUGAUGAAUCUGAAAACAUAAGGUUUCUUGGGAGACUGUUAAAAACCUUGUAAAAAUCCCUGCAUGUUCUCCUACACUCUGAAUCUAAUGCAUUAAAAAGAAUACAUUUUGGGCCAAAACCUCAAGAUCUCACAAUUUUCAUUAUGCAAUGUUUCAGGCUUCAGACCAUGUAUCUGUUGCCAUUUAAGGUAACAACUGUCUAUGAGGUUUGGCAUUAAAUGCUUUAUAUGUCUGGUUCCUAUCACCACCACUGUAAACAAUUCUGACUCAGUAAGUUUCUCUAGAAUGGAACAUUUCACCCCAAACCUUUCUGAAUGAUUUUGUUUAAUGCAGACAUUUUGAGAAACUGGUGGAAUUCCCCUUUAAUAUAUAGGGCUCUACUUUGCAACGCAGCUACUUUGUCUUGUAUUGGUAUGAAACUGAAGUACUAUUGCAUCAGUUGUUCUUGCUGAGCUGUGCUUCUAAAGCCUGCUGCUGGGUCAGACGAUCCGAACUCAGCCACUUUCUCAGUUUCCUCCGACUUUCUUCAGUUUUGCAUUGCUGCUAUUUAGCUAUUCCAAAAUGAGACGUACUGUCCUGUUUUUUAUUUACCAAACCUUAAGCAUUUAGAAACUGUACUAUCCACCCUUUUUCUGAGGGUACUAGUACAAUCCUCAGCGAGUAUGUGCAAUUAUCUAAACUUAUGCAUAAAUAACACCAAGAAUAUGGAGUGUAGAUGUACACAAUCUAAUUAAAUAUUUUAUCGGUGUAAAUAAACACGCUUUGAAAGCAAA